AGAUUCAGAAAGGGGGAAGGUACGAGUCUGAUGACAGCGAGUAUGAUGAAGGCUAUGUUGCAAAAACAAAUAAGACUCAAAAAAGUAAACGAUGCAAUUCUGACAAGGACGAAGGUGAAAUCAGCAGUAGUGACUAUUCUCGCAUCACCAGUGGUUCAGAUAGCGAGAGGAGUUAUCGUGGACAUAAGAGUGUAGAUAGGACCAAGUCUGAGAAGUUCAAUAGAAGUGGUCGUGGAGAUGAUUCUGGUGGUAGGUGGGAGAGUUCGGUUAUGAAAGAUAGGGAAUUUCAGGAGGAUGAUUUGAAAAAGAAGGAAGGUGCACAAGCUUCUGAUAAAGGAUUGGACACGUUCAAGAAAUUGGAGAAGUUAUAUCAAUCGAGGGAAGAUGUGAUUGGUGGAUCAAGUGCUAGUCAAGAGUUGUUGAGGGGUAAGAGAAAACUAGAUAACGAAAACUUGGAUGAACCCGGCGGGAAGUCAAGGAAGAUAGAUUCUAGAAAAGACGAAGAGCAUGGAAGGCCUAAUAGUGAAACUGACAAUCAAAGUAGGUCAUACAGGAGUAUUAAGGACAGAAGUAAAGAUCAACAAGCAAGAAGAACUGGGGGAGAAUAUGAAGGUGAUGGUGGAGAGCGUGGCACUAAAAUUCAGAGUCGGAAUGAACUGCACCGUGAAAGUCGACGUGAAAAUCGAGAUUAUGAAGUGCCUGGACGGGAGAGAAGAGAAAGUAGGGAUGAUGAUCGCUGGGAAGUGAAGCAAAAAAGAGAUGAAGAGGAAGAUCGGUACAGGAAGCAUGAGAAAGAACGGGAUUCUCAGCGUGGAAGGCAUGAACAAGAAGAGGAGGAACAUAGAAGCAGAACACGUGAUAGUUAUAGAGGUCAUGAUUCUCUCAAGAGGGCUAGACAUGAUGAUUUACAUUCUGGUGGAAAGAGAAGAUAUGAUGAUGACAAGUAUGCAGACAAGCGGACUAGACGGUGAAAGCUGCUUUAGAUUGUUUCAUGCUAGAAUAUCAAGAGUUUCAGCAGUUCAGUGGAGGAAGAUUGCGGAUGCCAAGCAUAAAGAGGCAAAGCUUGGUUAACUGUUUGGUAUCAGAAGUGGAGAUUUGAGUUUUCUGCUAUAUGUGGGGGGUUGGUUCUCGAAACACUUUUCAGUGUACCUAAACAGGAUUGAUGAAUCGCUAUCUUUAUUGUGCUAUCUUUAUUGUUGACCGUCAAAAUUGGUGUGCAAGAGUUAGCUGUAAUAAGUAACGUUUCCCCCUGUUACCAUUCUUUUACUGUUGACCGUCAAAAUUGGUGUGCAAGAGUUAGCUGUAAUAAGUAACGUUUCCCCCUGUUACCAUUCUUUUACUGUUGACCGUCAAAAUUGGUGUGCAAGAGUUAGCUGUAAUAAGUAAUGAUUCUUCUUCUGUUACCAUUCUUUUACUGUUGACCGUCAAAAUUGGUGUGCAAGAGUUAGCUGUAAUAAGUAAUGAUUCUUCUUCUGUUACCAUUCUUUCAACUCUUUUGUGAUUUCCUA